AUGGGGGUCCUUUCGACCACUUCAUGGAGCGGUAAUGGGGGUCCUUUCGACCACUUCAUGGAACGAAUGAUUGUUGGGUUCUUCAUCUACUACUCCACCGUAUCCUUAUGUAUUUCUUUCGGUCAGCCUCUUUCUUGCACGCUUCGUAGCCCUUCUGAGAUUGGUUAUUUCCAGGAUGGGGAUAUCUUGAUUGGGGGCUUUUUCCCUGUACAUACAUCAUGGAAACAACAGGCCUAUUCAUUUACAGAACGGGACCAACCCGUAACCUGCACUGGCUGGAUUCAGGCCAUGAUAUAUGCUAUAAGAGAGAUAAAUGCCGAUGAUUUGCUUUUACCGAACAUCACAUUAGGAUUCCAGAUCUUUGACACGUGUGCACACCUGGGCCGGGCACUGUGGGGGACAUUCUGGACUCUAACUGGAAAGGAACAUCCCAUCAUCAACUACCAGUGUAAUCAGAAGACCCCUGUGGCUAUUGUUGGCGAUUCAUCGUCGUUUACCUCCGUUGCGAUGGCCACCGUGCUGAGAACCUUCAUGUACCCUCAGAUAAGCUACACUGCUUCUUUAGCGUCCUUGAACAGCCGCUACCUCUAUCCAUCAUUCUUCCGCACCAUUCCUAGUGAUGACAAACAGGCACGUGCCCUGGCCAAGUUGGUUUCCUACAUGGGCUGGAAUUGGGUUGGCCUACUCUCACUUGACCAAGAAUAUGGUAUUCUAGGAUCUCAAGUACUCAAAGAAGAGCUCCAGAAAUUUGGAGUUUGUCUUGCUUACCAUGAAACUUUUGGCCAAGCGACUUCUUCAACAAAAUUGAAAUAUAUUGCGGAUAUCGUUGCUCGGUCAUCAGCUAAGGUUGUUAUAAUAUUUUCUAGAGACCCUGUGAUUCACCCACUGAUUGAGUUAUUGUUAGGCAGACAGGAUGCCAAGCACAUCUGGUUGGCUACCGAAGGAUGGUCAAACUCGCAAAUUCUUCAAUCAAAAUGGUACAGCAGCGUGAUGAUGGGGACACUUGCUGUGUCUUUGCAUGAAGUGGGAAUGCCAGGGUUUAAAGAAUUCCUUCUUGAUAUCAGUCCUUCAACUGCCCUUCCUCAGGAUAUCUUUGUGAAGAACGCCUGGGAAAUAAUUCAGGAGUGUCGCUGGCCAGACUCCAGAACAACUGUGGAUAAUGGAACUGUGUGGUGUACUGGGGCAGAGAAACUGACUCGUUUCAGAAACAAUGAAUAUGUGUUUAAUGAAUUUGAUUUUAAAGUGCACUAUUUGGUGUAUAAUGCAGUGUAUGCUGUGGCCCACACACUCCAUGACACUAUCUUUAAUUGUAUGAUGGGUCAGAAUACCACUCUAUAUGGAGAAUGUGGAGUUCAAGGGAGCAUAUUGCCCUGGCAGGUUGCUCAGAAUUUGAAAAAACAUCGCUUUAAGAACCGCAUGGGUGAAGAAAUCUACUUUGAUGCCAAUGGAAACCCUCCGACCGAUUAUGACGUCCUGAAUUGGCACCGGAACGCCGACGGCAGCAUUGACUUUGUCAAGGUCGGCCGCUACAACAUACGGGAGAGCCAGGAGAACGAGCUAAGUGUCAAUGUCACAGCAAUCAAGUGGAUCACUGGAGAUGCCGGGAUCCCUAAAGCUGUCUGCAGCGAGAGUUGUUCCCCUGGAUUUCGAAAAGCUCAGCAAAAUGGGCAGCCCUUGUGCUGCUUUGACUGCAUUCCCUGCUCGGAAGGGCACAUAUCCAGCCAAAGAGAUUCAAGCAACUGCCUUCCAUGCCCCAGUGAAAUGUGGCCAAAUAAAGACAACACCAUAUGCAUCCCGAAGCUGAUUGACUUUUUGUCCUACUGGGAACCGCUGGGAAUAACCUUGACCUCAACCGUCAUCUUCUGCUCCUUCACCACCGUCAGUAUAUUAUGCGUAUUCAUCAAAUUCAAAGACACCGCCAUCGUCAAGGCCAACAACCGUGACCUCACCUAUCUCCUUCUUGUGUCUCUGUCGUUGAGCUUCCUGUGCUCUCUACUCUUCAUCGGAGAACCUCAGAAAUUCACUUGCCGGUUCCGCCAGGGAGCUUUCGGUGUCAUCUUCGUUAUUAGCGUUUCAUGCGUCCUGGCCAAGACAGUGAUGGUGGUCAUUGCUUUCCGAGCAACAAAGCCUGGAAGUAACAUGAGAAGAUGGCUCGGGCCAAAAGUCCCUGCUUCGACGGUCUGUGUCAGCACCUUCAUCCAGAUAAUCAUUUGUAUCUACUGGUUGAUUCAGUGUCCUCCCUUCCCCGAGAAAAACAUGACCAUCAAGACCGAAGUCAUCAUCUUUCAGUGUAAUGAAUGUUCAGACACCUUGCUCUGGUGCAUGCUGGGAUAUAUGGCCCUCCUUUCCUGCAUCAGUUUUCUGGUGGCGUUCUUGGCCAGGAAUCUACCCGACAGUUUUAAUGAGGCCAAGUGGAUCACCUUCUCUAUGCUGAUCUUCUUGAGCGUCUGGAUCUCCUUCAUACCUGCGUAUCUGAGCACUCAGGGCAAGUUCAUGGUGGCUGUUGAAGUGUUUGGUAUCUUGUCCUCCAGUGCGGGCAUCGUCGGUUGUAUCUUCUUUCCAAAAUGCUACGUGAUACUGCUCAGACCCGAGCUCAAUACUCGCCAGAACAUUCUCGGUAAAGGGACUGAUCAGAAGACAAAGACCUCGAUCCCUAUGAUCCAGACAUCCUUCAUCAACUUCAGAGACUACGUCACCUGCCGGCACUCAUGCCACUCUUUCAUCCCUGCAACCUUUGUUCCACCACUAGGUCCGCUCGGACUUGAGCAUCAAGAGAGCUCCACCCUAAGGCUCCUGUCGAGCAGCCGCAGCUCCCUCCCUCCCCAGCCCCCUGCAUUCACGCCCGCCCUGUUUGCAUCGGGGCAGAGAGCGUUUGAGCUCGACAGCUGCAGCCAGCGCACCACCCGAAGGAGCCGCUGGAAUGACGGGCCGUCCUUAGCCUGUCUAGGGAAUUUAGCAGCCGGCUGCUCCAAUAGCAUCUACAACCCUUCUCUGGUGGCCGAUAAGACUGAGAUCCAGACUAGCUCUGGAAGGUUCCAAAACUUUGACCUUCCAGGAGUCCAGGAGAGGAGGCGCUACAACUGUGCAAGACUGAAGACAUGGCUGUGGUUCAGAUUUAAGAUCAGGAAUGUGUUGCACUUCCUGUCCAACAUCUCGAAAGAUGAAGACAUAGAAAAGAUUUUAAACCGCAGAAUUGAGGAAGUUAUUCACAAGGCCGUACAACUCACUUUAACAUAA